AUGCGUCUUCAACCACCCCCGCCAACGUUUGCUGCCUGCGCGGCGGACCAGGCUGUAGCUCCCGCCGAAGUACAGCGCGUAUCCCGGUCCCACGUCUACGGGCUACGCCGCACGGCACUCGUCGGCCGGCGAGAGCACCGCAACUCGCUGCCGCAACAAAAGCCCGGCUUACCGCCCGGACGUGGGCUUAGCGCCGCGGCAGCGCCAGCCCGGUAUGAGGCCCCAUCGCUCUGGUAA